GUCUCACUCUGCCAUUCCCCUUCUGUGCACUACUUAAACAAAUUACACCCUAUCUUUGUCUCUGCACAGUUGGGCUGCAGAGCUAGCCAUCUCAGUUAGUGGACGGCUCUGGGACAAAGAGUUUUAAAAUGAGGAAGGAGAGCAGGUUGAUUCGCUGGAUCUGGUGGAUUGUGAUUGUGACAGCGUUUUUCUUCAUAGGCUUCAUUAUCGGCUGGUUUGCAAAGCCCACACAUACAAACACUGAAAACCGCAAAGAUUCCAGCAAAUAUAUGAAGGAGUUUCUGAAUGAAAUGCAGCCAGACAAGAUCAGAGAGCAUCUCAGGAAAUUUACUCGCCUCCCCCACCUGGCUGGUACAGAGCAGAACCUAAAAUACGCAGAGCAGAUCAUGAGAGAGUGGCAGGAGUUUGGAUUAGACUCAGUGGAGAUGGUGCCCUACGAUGUCCUGUUGUCCUAUCCCAACAAGUCCCAACCAAACUACAUCUCGAUGGUUGAUCAGCUUGGAAAAGAGGUUUUUGCCACUUCACUGGCUGAGCCAGUUCCACAGGGUUAUGAAGAUGUUUCCAACAUUGUACCUCCAUACAGCGCUUACUCUGCUAAAGGACAGCCUGAGGGGGAUUUGGUGUAUGUGAACUAUGGCCGUACAGAAGAUUUCUUCCAGUUAGAGAGGGAGAUGGGAAUCAAUGUGACUGGAAAGAUUGUUAUCAUCAGAUAUGGGAAGAUAUUCAGGGGCAAUAAGGUGAAGAAUGCCAUGUUGGCCGGAGCAAAAGGGAUCAUCAUGUUCUCAGAUCCAGCAGAUUACUGGGCUGCUGGAGUCCAGCCUUACCCUGAUGGCUGGAACCUGCCUGGUGGAGGAGUGCAGAGAGGAAACGUUCUUAACUUGAAUGGAGCUGGAGACCCACUCACACCAGGGUACCCUGCUAAAGAAUACACCUAUAGAUUUGACCUGGAGGAUGGAGUGGGGCUCCCCAGCAUCCCUGUGCACCCAAUUGGCUUCCAUGAUGCAAUUCACCUGCUGAAGAAUAUGGGAGGAGAUAUUCCCCCCAACAACUGGAAAGGAGCUCUGAAUGUCUCCUACAGGAUUGGCCCAGGUUUUACAGAUGACUUCAAGAGCCAGAAAGUGCGUAUGAACAUCUUCACUAACAACCAGAUAACCAGGAUUUACAAUGUCAUUGGAAGGAUCAGAGGAGCUCUGGAGCCAGACAGAUAUGUGAUUCUGGGAGGGCAUCGUGAUGCCUGGGUAUUUGGAGGAAUUGAUCCUAUGUCUGGAGCUGCAGUGGUCCACGAAACUGUCCGGAGUGCUGGCAAGCUGCUUAGAAAAGGCUGGAGGCCAAGGAGGACUAUACUUUUUGCUAGCUGGGAUGCAGAAGAGUUUGGACUGCUGGGAUCUACAGAAUGGGCUGAGGACAACGCUAGGUUGCUGCAAGAGAGAGCAGUGGCUUACAUCAAUGCAGACUCGGCCAUAGAGGGCAUGUACACACUGAGAGUUGACUGCACUCCAUCACUUCACACUUUGGUGUACGACCUCACCAAGCAGAUAGUCAGCCCAGAAGAAGGAGAGGAGGGAGUUUCUCUGUAUGAGAGUUGGCAUAAGAGGGACAACUGGACCAAUGAUCGUGAUGCACCCAGGAUCAGCAAACUUGGUUCAGGCAGUGAUUUUGAGGCUUAUUUCAUCCGUCUGGGAAUUGCUGCAGGCAGAGCAAGAUACACAAAAAACAAGAAAACAGAGCAAUACAGCAGCUAUCCUGUUUAUCAUAGUGUGUAUGAAACCUUCGAAAUCGUGGAGAAGUUUUAUGAUCCCUCCUUUAGGAGGCUUCAGACAGUGGCUCAGGUGAGAGGUGGGCUCAUCUUCCAACUGGCUGAUUCCCAGGUGCUCCCUCUCGAUGUUAAUGAGUAUGCAGACUCACUGAUGAAGUAUGCACAGAGCAUUGCACAGCUGGCACAGAAGAAUCAGAAACAAAUGGAGGUGUACAAGGUGUCAUUUGAUUCCCUGUUUUCUGCAGUUCAGAACUUUACUGUUGCAGCCAGGGAUUUCCACCAACGCCUGCAGACUCUAAACAGAGAAGAUCCUUUGCAGGUGCGGAUCAUGAAUGAUCAGCUCAUGUACCUUGAAAGAGCCUUUAUUGACCCGCUUGGCUUACCUGGCAGACCUUUCUACAGACAUGUGGUUUUCGCUCCCAGCAGUCAUAACAAAUAUGCAGGGGAAUCUUUUCCUGGGAUCUACGAUGCGUUAUUUGGCAUUGAGAACUCAGCUGACCCAGAGAGGGCCUGGGAAGAAGUCAAGCGGCAAAUCAGCAUUGCUGCAUUCACCGUUCACGCCGCUGGCGUCACCCUGACACCACCUGCAUGAAGCACAGCCUCAAACAUUGUGAACUAAAGGUUUUAUUUUGGGUUUUUUUAAUGGUAGGAAAAUGUGAUGAAAUGGGAUGUACUACCAUCAACACACAUACAGAACUGUCUCUGUAUCUUGUCUGGUCCUUUUUCCAGACCUUAGUAAAGACUGUGAAUAUCAGCAUCACAGCUUAAGGAAAUAUUUUAUGUAGCAGUUUAUUUUGUUGGAGUUUUGUCUUUGCCUAUAAAAUCAAUCCAUCCAUAUGCACAGGCAGACAAAACCCCAUCCUGUAGUCAUGGAGUGGUCAGAAAAAUGAGUUAAAUGUGAAAGAAAUGGCACUGGGUUUGAUUUAGAUCAAUGAUAUUUGCUGAUAACUUAUUUUUCAUUUCCAUUGUGGUGACCAGUCAUAAUAAAGCUGUACAUAAUGA